AUGGAGGAACCUUCUCAAAACCAGCAAAGCAUGGCAUUGGAUGAGCGAAAUCGGUCACCUUCCAUGACAGAUGGAGAGCCGUCAAAAUGUCCACAACCUUCCGAGGCGGUCGGUGAUCACGCCUCUCUAUAUUCAUCACCACGCUGUUGGGAGAUUCCUGCAGAGCUCGUGACUAUAAAUAAGGUCGUUGGUAGAGGAGCUUUUGGUCAGGUUGCCAAGGCAAAAGUCAGAGGCCUGCAAGGGAGACCAACGACGACACUUGCGGCUGUUAAGAUGUUGAAAGAGAACGCUUCUGAAUCGGACAGGAAGGACUUGUUGUCUGAACUUCAGUUGAUGAAGGAACUCGAUGCUCAUCCUCACGUCGUUAAACUUCUCGGAUGUGUCACGAAAUCUGGACCAUUGAUGGUGUUAAUUGAAUAUGUUCCCUAUGGAGAUUUACUUGGAUACAUGAGAAAGAGCCGGGGAUUAAAUGACACUUACUUCCAAGACCCAGAUAUCAAACCAAAAACAAAUCUGACCUCCGAGCAGCUGAUGAAGUUUGCGUGGCAAGUUGCCGAUGGAAUGUCGUAUUUGUCAUCGAUACCAAUUAUCCAUCGAGACCUCGCAGCUCGUAACGUGUUGGUCGGAGAAGAGGAAAUGUGCAAAGUAUCCGACUUUGGUAUGGCCAGAGAUGGUCAACAGGACAAAAUUUAUCAAAUGAGGUCAAAGGGACGUAUCCCUUUGAAAUGGACUGCUUUUGAGGCAUUGCUGUACGGAAAAUAUUCUUCUAAAAGUGACGUGUGGAGCUACGGAGUUCUCCUCUAUGAGAUUUCUACGAUCGGUGGCUCACCAUAUCCAAAGGUGAAUGGAAGACAGAUUUUAACGUUGCUUGAAGAGGGAUACAGAAUGCCUAAACCACAACACGUGGAUGAUAAGUUGUAUGACAUAAUGACAAACUGUUGGAAAGAUGAUCCUGACUUGAGACCAUCUUUUGAAAACUUGAAGGACGAACUGAAAGAAAUGGAAGACCAGCACAAGGGCCUGAUAAACUUGGACAAUUACGAGGAUCGACUCUACGUUAAUGCUGACGAUCUUGACGCAUAAGUAAUUUAAUUCGGCUCACGGAGCAAAGGAUGGAGUGAUAAAUCUUCAAGCCCUAUGAGAUCGUAAACUUUUUUAGAUUUGAUGUUAAACCUUUCAUUCUGUUUUAAUUAAGCAAGU